UUCUUCUUUCAGCAUCCGAAAAAAAAACAAAAAAUGCCACGGCUCUUCACGAAAAAACUAAUUUUUUGUCUACUGGUCUUCUCACUCUACCCGCUUUCCCUCUACGCACGUUCCUUUUCUCUCGUCGUUACCCAGGACGAUAUCAACGACACGCCGCCAUCUCCUCAGGAUGACGACUCGGCGGACUGGGACAACUUUGGCGACUCGGAGACGGAGCCAGAGAAGAAUGUGGAUCCGGGUUCCUGGAGCCCUAUCUUCGAGCCUUCAAUGGACCCCGACGGGCUGAAUCGAAGAUACCAUUCCACCGUUGCCAAGAUUAUGUCCGCCGUCAGAGACAGCGACGAACAGAUGAUGGCGGAGGCGACAUCCGAGAUUGAAGAAGCGGCGAAUGAGGGCAAGCCACACGCUCAGUCGGUGUUGGCGUUUUUGUACGGGAUGGGGAUGAUGCGAGAGCGGAACAAGGCAAAGGCUUUUAUGUAUCAUCACUUUGCUGCUGAAGGUGGGAGCAUGCAAUCGAAGAUGGCAUUAGCGUACACGUAUUUGCGUCAAGAUAUGCUAGAGAAUGCUGUUAAAUUAUAUGCUGAAUUAGCUGAGAUUGCAGUGAAUAGUUUUUUGGUGUCAAAAGAUUCACCAGUGGUUGAACCAGUGAGGAUUCAUAAUGGAGCUGAGGAGAAUAAGGAGGCCUUAAGGAAGUCACGAGGGGAGGAUGAUGAGGCCUUCCAGAUCUUAGAGUAUCAGGCGCAGAAAGGGAAUGUUGAGGCAAUGUACAAAAUUGGGCUGUUUUACUAUUUUGGGUUGAGAGGAUUGAGGCGUGAUCGUGCCAAGGCAUUGGCAUGGUUUUCAAAGGCUGCCAAUCGAGGCGAACCGCAGUCCUUGGAAUUUCUUGGAGAGAUAUAUGCAAGAGGAGCAGGCGUUGAAAGGAACUACAGUAAGGCACUUGAAUGGCUGACACUUGCUUCUAGACAGCAAAUUUAUUCGGCUUAUAAUGGAAUGGGAUAUUUGUAUGUCAAGGGCUAUGGAGUGGAAAAGAACUACACCAAAGCAAAAGAGUACUUUGAGAAGGCAGCUGAUAGCAAAGAGGCUGGUGGGCAUUAUAACCUUGGAGUAAUGUAUCUUAAAGGAAUUGGAGUAAAGAGAGAUGUAAAUUUAGCGUGCAAAUACUUUUUGGUGGCUGCCAAUUCGGCUCACCAGAAGGCAUUUUACCAGUUGGCAAAAAUGUUUCACAAAGGCUUGGGGCUUAAGAAGAAUCUACAAAUGGCUACUGGAUUGUACAAACUAGUUGCAGAACGAGGACCAUGGAGUUCCUUGUCUAGAUGGGCACUUGAGUCAUACUUGAAAGGUGAUGUGGGUAAGGCAUACUUCCUGUAUGCAAGGAUGGCUGAGCUAGGCUGUGAGAUAGCACAAAGUAAUGCUGCAUGGAUCCUUGACAAAUAUGGUGAACGAAGCAUGUGCAUAGGAGAAACUGGCUUAUGUACUGAUGCGGAAAGGCAUCAGAGUGCACAUUCAUUGUGGUGGCAAGCUUCUCAACAGGGUAAUGAACAUGCUGCUUUACUGAUUGGGGAUGCAUAUUACUAUGGUCGGGGAACUGAAAGAGAUUAUGAGCGUGCAGCAGAGGCUUACAUGCAUGCCAAAUCCCAAGCCAAUCCACAGGCCAUGUUCAACCUUGGAUACAUGCAUGAGCAUGGGCUAGGACUUCCACUCGAUCUUCAUCUUGCCAAACGUUACUAUGAUCAGGCUCUAGAGAUUGAUUCUGCUGCCAAGUUACCUGUUGCACUUGCCCUCACAAGCCUGUGGAUACGAAAGAACUAUGCUGACAGUUUCAUGGUCUGCUUGAUCGAUUCAUUGCCUGAAGUCUAUCCAAAAAUUGAGACAUGGGUAGAUAAUGUCAUCUUUGAAGAAGGGAAUGCAACUAUACUAGCUCUCUUCCUCUGCCUUCUUACUGUCUUGUAUCUUCGUGAUCGGCAACGUAGGAAUGUGGUUGAGGCUGCUGGUGUGGUAGUGUUGCCAAACGAGCUUCAUGAGCGUGCAGCUCCUGCAGCAAUCCAGGCAAUCCGGUAAUUGACAACAGAGGUAGUUUUUGAAAGUAUAAGGUUUUGGCCAUCCUCCUGACCAUGGAAACUUUCACAUGAUGUACAGAAAGAAGCCCCCUUCUAUAGCUUUUAGGUAGAAAAAAAGCUUCGUACAUUGUACCGUAGAGAAGAGGAAUAAGAAGUGUUCUUUUGGCAGGCAAAAUUUGAAACAUACAAUAUUUUAACAGUGUUGUUAGAGAUACCUCUUGUGAUUGGUUAUUUAUUCUUAUGCUAUAUAUCUAAUACAAAAUUUUGGCUUUAA